AGGUUCCGAUCUAUUUAUAAGUAGGUGGUAAAUUCCAGUACCCGUGCAUGCCACCGCGCCCCGAUGAUCGCGUCUGGCUUGAUUGCUCUUGUAUUGUUAUCUAUGAAUGUAUCUAUUAUAUCUCAAGCUCCAAGAGUUAUUGUUUCUAGUUUUGCAUGUGUCAUUUUUCUCUGAUCAUUUUCCUCGGUUGACACGUAUGUGAUAUUCUAAGAAUUCAUAUUUCUAUUGUACUACAUUCCUCAUUGAUUGUCGGGAGGACUCGCCUAUUUUCGUCCGGGUUUAUCGUGUGAGACAUAUUUGUUUCUUGUCAUUUUUGUUGGUUCUCGAUAGGUGCAUGCUCAUUAUUUUUGGAAUCUGAGUGUGGAGACAAAAUGGAACCUGCAGGCGGUUCUCACCAUCAGCAAUCGAGCGAGCAGGUGUCACCGCGUGGUGGACGAAGUAAGAAGAGCUCUUUUGUCUUGAAGCAUUUCCAACGCUCGCCCAGAAAAAGACCACCGCAGUUGCACAUUUUGAAUUCACCCAGAACCCCGGCCGCUAACUCACCCACGGGUUCCGCUGACCGUCUCAAUGCAGCUCAAGUACUUGCUGGUUUGUGCGCACAUCAGACCUCGUAUGUCCCUGCUGAUGGAUCCGGAUGUGGACGUGCUACUUCUCUAUCGCCUAGUGCGGGCUCCAGUAAGCUGAGUUCUUUGCCUCUUGGUCAACAGAGCGGCGGUGUGCGAAGUGCGGCAUUAGCUUCGGCUGUGGGCCGCAAAAGUCCGAGGGACUUCUUGAUGCAGCCGAGCCCGCGACGAGUCGGAGAGGAGAAAGGUGGAAGCAGUAGCACAUGGGCCACGACGAGUGGCCACAGCAAGACGAAUGCGGGAACGGAUUCGCAGUUUGGAACGCCCUCUCAAUUCUUAUUUCGCUCGUCGCCAUUGGCGGGGAGUCAGCGGCGGCGGCGUUCAGUUCGUAGUAAGACUAAAGGAGCGACGCAGACUGGAGGCGCUGGUGAGCAUGGUGGCCACGACAGACACCAUCAAGGUGGGGGUGGAGACCAGCCAAAAUCGGACCGUACUCGAGAAGCGCGUAUAGAUGCCUGGCUUCGGCGCGACUACGGCGGCUUACCUGUCAUCUUCCGUGGCGACGAUCCCGGAACGGGAAAGGAUAUGGUAAAGAAAGAGAGCAAAAAUCGUGGCGGUCAAACUCCGCGAAGUCGCAGUUCUUCCGUGUCAGGGCGCGGAUCAGACGACGAAGUUCGCAUAUUGAAAAAUUUGCAGUCGCUUGUGGAGCACCAACAAGAGUGGCGAAAACGUCAAGAAAGAAAACGUUCGAAAUCACCCAAGAAUGCUACUGGUGGGCCAGCAGGGACCGGCUCAGGAUCGGCAGCCAACUCGAGAGCAGGCACUGCACGCGAAGGGCGAGGCAGGGAUCGUGACCGGCGUGCAAAUAUCCCAGUCACUGUGUCGUCAGAUAAGGUACAAACAAGCACAAGCAGUAGCAGCAAUCAGCAAGUGCUGAAUGGUGGAAGCGCGUCGUUGUCUAAAGCAGGUCGCAACACGCCUACUUCAACGGGUGCGAACAAGGAUCCAGGAGCAAGGAAGUUGGGAGCCAGUACGUCGAGCCCAACUAUGUCUUCGCCGCGUUCUCUAUGGUCACCGAACAGAGGACGACAGGGAAAUACAGCAAGCAUAUUUGUUCAGAGCCCAGAGCCAGAGCCACUGACCAUCGUCACCACAUCGUCUGGAACAGUUCUCAAACAGACCUCGCCUUUAAACGGUCGCGCACGCACUCCAGAGGGUGGCCCUCCAAACAUAUUGGAUCGAGGAGCUGCUGGGGCUACUGCUUACAACUCUGGUACAGGAGCCAGUUCAUCCUUACCUAGAAGUGGAGGUGGGCCUUCACCUGGAGCAGUCCCUGUCGCAGCAGCAAGCCCUAUGUCGAAUUCAACGUUGUCCAGUUCAUUUUUUGAGGAGUCAUCGGUUGAAUCAGAGCCAUUUGAUCCGACUUCUGUUCGUGGGACUUUCUGUGGCUUUACCACCGAGACCAGAAGUAGUGGCCAUCUGGAUCACCUUGUGCGCAUUUUUGACGGCGCAACAACGGAUGAAGACGAAAACUUUCUGCGAAGGGUUGCACGCGAUGACCUAUUGGCUGAGAAGGGGGAUAUUCUUUACCUGGAAAAGAUGAGAGAUUGCUGGUUUCGAGUCUUUCAAGAGGAAGAGCGGCAGAAGAAAGUGGGUGCAGGAAAUGGAACGAUGCAACAGAUCGCUGUAGACGAUGGUCCUCUUGUAACCCUGCUGCAGGAGGUGGAUGACAAUGACUUGGAUGAUGCCGGUGUUGCUGUCGCGAAGAAAACAAAGCGGCCUGAUAGGGAGAUGAUUGAUGUCGACACCCCCACUGGAGGCAACAUCGUGGGUAAUUCUGUUGCUUCGGAAAAUCCAACGCCUCGAGGAAACAUAGAUAAGGAAGGGACGAGAGAGACAAGCGAAACGCCGAAUAGUCGCGCUGAUCCAGACGGAAGGAGAAACAGAGUCGAUGAUUUAGGCUCAAGUCAACUGUCGCAGCCAGACAGGCAGCCCAAAAGUCCAGCUGGUCUCACGCCUUUGUCAGCGGCACGAAACAAGCAAAGCAAGAAAAACACAGCAGAUGCCGAGAAGAAAAAGCAGAAGCCGAUGAUGGGUAUGUUAAUGUUACGUCUACUUCUUCAAUUUCACCCUUCGUUCUUUUUCUUGAUCUCACAGAAAGAAAUUUGUGAUUGAAUUUGCACAUGCACCUUAUUAUCGAAUUUGCACAAGCUUAAAUCCAGCAACGCUCAAAGCACAUAAAGAACAGAGCCGGUUAAUUUUCACUCGUCUUACUUCCUUCGUCCGACACAUGCACCUUGAGACAAAAAACACUAAAACUCAAGGAAACCCUCAGGUGUGUUGCAAUUUGAGUCAUUUCGAAAGCUGAUGUACGAACUAGCGAAGGGGAAAGAGCUGUACGACUUACCGGAGCCGCGACUACGCUCGUUCUGGAUCGAGUUGGACUAUCGAGGACGGAACGCAGUUACCUUUCCUUAUGUUGAGAAAAUUGUGGCUCCUAAAGACCUUGAUGUUGAUGUAAGUGGAACAUGAUGUUGAAGUUAACACGAAAAUUAGCUGAAGAACUUGAUGUCAGUUUCAGUCGAACACUUUAUAUAUAACAUUGACUACACCGCUAAUUAACUUCCUGCGAAGGAACGCGUAGAGUAGGACUUUUGCUGGCAUCCCUGUUGCAGCUCUCAUACUAGCGAGUUCGUCCAGUGGUGGUUGCGGAACCGCGAUGAGUUGGUUUGGCUUGUAGCCAAGACGAAAAACGCUCCCAAGCGAAAGAAUUCGAUCUUGCAUCACAAAGCCGCUGCGUCAGCCAUAGAGGAAUACGGUGUAGACAGUAAGAUGACGCAGAAGGAACUCAAUCAGGGCCUGCAGAAAUACCUGGAGAUGACUAGCUCCUCACGAAGAACGCAUGCUGUGGCUAGUCAGGAAGACCUCCUGAAAAUGCAGAAGGCUCCGAGAUGAAGUGAAUAGAUAGUAGUUGUCACCUGUUGCUUUUUGUGGUCGUGGUUGACUCGUGUACCGCAAGUGCAUGACAUACGCAUCUGGUCGGAGGAAGCGAAGUUAUAAUCAUUGAAUUGAUUGCGUAGACGAGGCCG